AAAAUUACGAAUAAAAAUAUUUUCAAUAAGGGAAUUAGAAAAUAAUAUUUUAUAGAGGCAGCAUAAAAUUUUGCCCUUCUUAUUUCCUUCUUUAUUACCAUCGACCCUUUUUCAGAAAACAGAAGCAGCUCUACUGGUUUGUACUCGGUAUCUGUGUAGUUUCGGUUCCGUUAAGUAUUUGAUUCUGCUAAACUUCAGCAUGUCUGAGUUGUAUGUAUGUUAUUGAGAAAUUGCAUAAAUUGAUUGCUCAUACGGAAUAUCGAUGGCUUAUCUCCAAAUGCGCACAAGCUGUUCGAUUAAAUGACUCUGAAGAUGUUGGUUCAUAUACUAUAGGGGUCAUCCGAACGUAGAUUUGCAGUGUUAUAGCUUUUGCUUUUGGUGUAUACCUCUCAAAUUAGCAAUUGGGUUUACUGCUUUUGCAAGGAAUUAAGUUGCCCACUCCACAAAGAAGAAAAGAUAUACAGCUGUUUAAGAUAUGGGCAAAGCUUCCAGGGAUAAGAGGGAUAUCUACUAUCGAAAAGCAAAAGAAGAAGGUUGGCGUGCUCGAAGUGCAUUUAAGCUUCUUCAGAUAGAUGAAGAAUUCAACAUAUUUGAAGGAGUAAAGCGGGUGGUUGAUUUAUGUGCUGCACCGGGUAGCUGGAGUCAGGUUUUGAGUCGUAAACUGUAUAUGCCAUCAAAACUAUUGCCUGAAUCAAAGGAUGUUGACCUUCCUCUCAUAGUGGCAAUUGAUUUGCAGCCCAUGGCUCCAAUUGAAGGUGUUAUUCAAGUUCAGGGUGAUAUAACAAAUGCCCGAACAGCUGAAGCGGUCAUUAGACAUUUUGAUGGCUGCAAGGCUGACCUGGUUGUUUGUGAUGGUGCUCCUGAUGUUACUGGUCUUCAUGACAUGGAUGAAUUUGUUCAAUCACAACUCAUACUAGCGGUAAGAUCAAGAGACUCUACGUACUUAAUGUCUAGACUUCUGUUUAUCUCGGAACCCUAACUGAUAUUUGAUGUAAAUUUGCAAGGAAAAUAAUUAUACAUGACCCACAUUGAUUUGAAACUAUUUUUUCCUACAGUUACCUUUGCAAAGCCAAAAAGCAGCCGCAAUUCCAGCAUAGAGGCAUUUGCAGUUUGUGAGAAUUAUUCCCCUCCUCCUGGAUUUAAUCCAAAAGACUUGCAUCGUCUCUUAGAGAAAGUGGGAAGUCCCUCUGGGGGAGGUGAUUUAGAUUGCAGUAGUGGGGGGUUGGAAGGGCCAAAUAAGGUGUAUAUUCCAUUUCUAGCCUGCGGGGACCUUAGUGGAUAUGAUUCUGACCGAUCGUAUCCGCUACCUAAAGAUGCAGAUGGAAGUUAUCAGAGCUUGGAUCCUGUACAGCCUCCAAUUGCACCUCCAUAUAAAACCGCUCUUCAGCUCAAGAAAGCUUCCACACAGCAUCAGCAUACCCGAGAACCUCAAAGCUUCCCCUGGGAUCUU